GUAGCAGCGGGUACUACCGAGACCAUAAAGAGACAUAUGCGUGCUAAGAAGGCAGGGCAGACACCGAAGAACCCUGAGAAACUCGAGGACAUACCAAUUCCAUUCCCGGAGGCCUACAGGACCAAACUGAUCUACGAUAACGAGUCCACGCGUAGUAGGAUGCUGGUGUUUGCCUCUGAGGCUGGGUUGGGACUUCUUGAGUCGGCGACAACGUGGUUCAUGGACGGAACGUUCUCUACGUGUCUGACUAGGGACAUCCGUCCAACUCCGUCCAAGGUCGUGUGCGACUUCGAGGUGGCCAUCCAUAAUGCUGUUCGUCAGGUUAUGGCGAACGAUAUCCAGAUACAGGGCUGCUUCUACCACCUGACGCAGAGUACCUGGCGUCGUAUACAGGGGGACGGCCUGCAGGUCCUAUACAGAGAGGAUGAAGAAAUAAGACAGUUCUGCGGACGACUCGACGGUCUGGCGUUGCUACCGACGGAUAAGGUGCUAGAAGGCAUGGCCAUCUUAAAGGACACGGCCCCUGCAGCGCUGACUGGGAUCGUCGACUACUUCGACACUACCUACGUGAGCGGCGGAUUUCGGUCCGUGAGGACAGCUGACGGCAUGAUGCGCUUCAGGAGAACGCCGCCCCGUUUCCAGCUAGAUAUCUGGAACGUACACGCUGCAACAGUCAGUGACGAAGCUAGGACCAACAACCUGUGCGAGGCUUGGAACAAUGCGUUCCAAGUUUUGGUUGGGCACCAGCAUCCGUCUCUGUGGACUGUAGUUGACUGCUUCAUGAAAGACGCCGCUAUGGUGGAGACUGAGGUGUAUCGCGUGCGCAACGGUGAGCCUUCAAUUAAGCCGAAGAAGAAGUCAACAGAGCGAUACCAGCGGCGUCUGAAGACUUUGUGCGAGCAGGUGGCGAGUGGUGAGAAGAGUGUGAGUCAGUUUUUGAACGUUGUCGGCGGACUUGUGCGAUUGAAGUAGUGUUUGAGUGUAUUGUUUAUGUAAGAAUGCAUAUAUGUUUGAAUGUAUGUAUGAUUGUAACUGUGAAUGUAUAUAUGUAUGUGUGUAUGAAUGUAUGUAUGUAUGUAUGAAUGUAUGUUUUGAACGUUUAUGUAAGCAUGUAUAUAUUUUUUAAUGUAUGUCUGAAUGUAUGUAUGCAUGAUUGUAACUGUGAAUGUAUGUAUGCAUGUAAUGUGUGUAUGAAUGUAUGUAUGUAUGAAUGUAUGUUUUGAACGUUUAUGUAAGCAUGUAUAUAUUUUUUAAUGUAUGUCUGAAUGUAUGUAUGCAUGAUUGUAACUGUGAAUGUAUGUAUGCAUGUAAUGUGUGUAUUUAUGUAUGUAUGUAUGAAUGUAUGUUUUGAACGUUUAUGUAAGCAUGUAUAUAUUUUUUAAUGUAUGUCUGAAUGUAUGUAUGUAUGAUUGUAACUGUGAAUGUAUGUAUGCA